AUGCAACUGCUCGUGGUCCUCGCCCUGGUGGGCUUCUCAGCCCUGGCAGGAUGCUCUCCAAGACCAAACAACUUGCCAGCAGAAUCCCAAAAAGCCCCUCAUGUCAUCAAGGCGCCCCUUCGCCGCAUGGAGACACCCUCUGCGCGGCAAAGACUGGCCAACAUGCGCAACACUCGGGCCCGGCCGCCGCGGCCGCACAUCAAGCACUACUUCCAGAGUCCCAACGGGACGUUUCCUCGGGCCAACCUCAGCAACAUCUUUGAUGGCUACGAGUACAUGGUGGAUGUGACGGUCGGCACGCCGCCGCAGAAUCUCAGCGUCAUCUUUGACACGGGCUCGGACCAGACGUGGCUCAACCCGCAGUGCAUCGCCAUGUCUCACCAGGCAAUCUGUGUGGCUUCGGGCAGCUACAACAGCUCCCAGUCGACAACGGCCAAGAACUUGUCUUCCGAGUUCUCCAUCAUCUAUGGCUCUGGCACGGUCGAGGGCUGGUACAUGAGAGACACCGUCUCCAUUGCAGGACUCUCCGCUGAAAAUGUUCAGUUCGGCGUCGCCACGUAUUCGUAUGCCAUGGACUCGGGCAUCCUUGGGUUGGGAUACGACAGUGUCUUUAUGGAUGAGCUACAUGGCCAGGGGAAGAUUGACUCCAAGGAUUUCAGCGUCAGUCUUGGGCCCAAUGCGUCACCAAACGGCGAAAUUGUCCUUGGCGGCGUGGACACCAAAAAGUACUUUGGUCCACUCAAGUCGAUCCCGAUGCUAGAUGACGAGGGGCCAUUUGCCUCUGUACUGCACUAUUCCGUCAACCUGACGUACAUGGGCGUGACCUCCAAGGGCUCUUGCAGAUCCGCAGCCGCAACCGAGGCGGAUUUUGUGACUCCCACCCUCGUCGACACGGGCAGCACCAUUGCUCACCUGCCCUUUGCGGCCGCCAACCGGACUGCUGCCAUGAUACCCGGCACCCGCUUCGACCCGUACACACAGAUGUGGAAAGUCAGUUGUCACUACGCCGGGUCGGCCGAGACCGUGGACUUCGCCUUUGGCGACGUCGUCGUCAACAUCCCCAUGCGCGAGUUCAUCUGGCGCAACGUCCCCAUGGGAGGUCAGUGCUACUUGGGUCUUGUUGGCGAUGCCGAUAGCAUCGGAUUCUCGGUUCUUGGAGACAGUUUCUUGCGGGCUCUUGUCGCUCUCUAUCAACCGGACAAGAAGCUUUUAAAAAUUGCCCCUUACUCAGACUGCGGUUCCGACGUCCAGUCCAGCAACGCGACCGCCGGCAACCUUACCGGGAAAUGCAGCCGUCCGUCUUGGGACACAUGCACCUCAAGGCCAACCCCGGUGCCGUUGCCAGCCACCACGUCGGCCAUGUGGACUCCAACCUGGCCGACCACGACGACGACAACGUCAGGCGCGUCCCCCACCAGUGAUGCAACUUUCUUGCUGCCGCCCACCGAGCUCACAACAGACGUCCUGGAUACGUCUACGAGCAUCGACUGGGGAGUUGACACGUCGGCAUCCACGGAUCCCAUGACAACACGGUCGUACUCGACAUGCUAUGACGAGUUCUUGGACACGAUGCUCGGGUGUGAGGUCAGGACAAAAACCACGACUGAUUACUGGGGCGACACCAUCACCCUCUCGAGUACCGUAUUCUGGGACAGUCCACUGUCGCCCACCGACGAGACAUCAACAACGUCAACAACAACCGCCUUGUCUACGGCGAUCGGCAACCCCGGGCUCCCUACCAUCCCCAAAGUCGCUCCCACUGCAUCCGUCACCGAAACCGCACCACUGACAACCUACGAGCCAAGUCUCGAGUACACGUCGACCUCCACCAAGCAAGGGCCCUGCUUCUCCUACCACGAGUGCAUCUUGACCUUCAGCACCCCGCUCGGCGCCACCAUCGCCUCCGAGGUGACCGAGUGCGGGACCUACUGGACCUGCACCGACGUCGUGCCGUCGUCGACGUCUUCUCCCUCGUCGUAUUCGCUCGACCUGGAUACGACGUCCUCGUCGUCCCUGGACUGGUUUCCGACCAGCGACGGCAUCUUGCCCCUGCCCACCAUCGUCCCGACGCCCGUCAGCUCCGACGACUGGUCCGUCUUGCCCGUCGACACCGAGACCGAGCCCGGCGCGCCCUCCAGCACCGACGCGGCUGUGCUGCCCAUCUCGACCACCAGCACCUCUGUCUACUGCACCACGUCUUGGGUCUACGUGACGCUUUACAGCACCGUCUACAGCACCCCCGAGCCCAUCAACACUUGGACCAUGGCCGGUCGCAAGUAG